AUGCCCGUAUCCAAGGCAGAGAGAACAUUGGAGAAGUGGUAUCUGGUCUUCCGCCUGAACUCGUUGCAGGUCUACGUAGAUGUGGCCUUCACCUUCUGCCAGAUCGUAAGCGAGGAACUGAGCACUAUAUGCCUUAAGUGCGGAUUUAGGCAGAUGGAGCCACCAGCAACCGAGGUGUCUUCGACCACAGACAAUGAUGAAGAACAAUAUCCUGAAGGUGUUAGAGUUGUACUCUUAAAUCUCCCGGAAGAUGAGGGCGAAGGGCUGGGCUUCCGACUCACCAGGACUCUAUGGGAUCCAUAUCCUUGGGUACGGGAAGUAACACCAAACGGAAGAGCUGAUGAAGCAGGACUCAAACCCGGAGACUGUCUCCUACAAGCUGAUGGAAAGGAUCUGCUUGGUCUCCCGGUGAGUCAAGUAGCUGGUCUGAUAAGAGGGGAUGGUGAAGGUGGAGGAGUCUCUCUGAUCGUGUGGAACUGUGGAGUGGAUCCCAAGGAUGACCCCGAGUUGCUAUGGAGUUGUGGCGGCGGUGUCCGCGGGGAGAAGUCCCGGCGCGCGCUGUCGGGCGUGGUGCGCGCGCUUGCGUGCUGCGUGUGCGCGUCCACCGCCACCAGGCCGUUGUCCUGCGCGCGCUCGCAUGUCUACUGCGAACCUUGCUGGAUCAGGUUGGAGCGCUGUGCGUUAUGCAGGGAAGCUCUGCCAUCCAAGAACUCUCCUUACGCAAGGAACUUAGUUGCUGAACAGGUGUUCGAAGCGAUAGCGGCAGAAUACGAGCUGAAAAAUCCGAAACUAAAGCGUCCCACACAAACUUCUUCAGCGUACACCUCACCAAACCGCUCCCGAAACACAUCACCUCGCAGAGGACAGUACCAACACUCAAUGAUGAAUAAAUACAAGAAAACCGUGCAUUUCCCUGAAAAAUUCGGUCAAACGUACGCCUCAGAUCCUAAUAUACAUCGUUCUGUAAAUCGACCGACAAUUAACAAUUCUACCAAUCCUACCAUUUCUGCUGAAGCUGGCAACUCUGGCUGCAAAUGUCAAUGUCAAAGUGACAGUGACGUUCCGAAGAUUAAUGUUGAGAGUACGGACGGAAGUAAGUGCGUUGGGAGUGAUUGUUCGAGCUCGUCUCAAAGUUUGAGUAUUCCUCAUAAGCUGGUGGCGAGGUUAAGGCAAGCUUGUUCCCUCGCUGACUUGAAUAAUGUUGUGGGACAAUGUUCGUUGUCACAGUCGUUGAAUAACUUGGGUGAUCAGUGCAAAAACUGCCACCACGGGUCUUUGGACAAUUUGAAAAAUCAUUGCAAUAAUAUUUGUGAUGCUCCAGUGCUGUUGGUACCCGCGCCACCGAUCUAUGUGCUCACAUGUGAACAUUCCAGCAAGGAUUAAAUACUACCGGUCUGGUACACAUAGGUGCAAACAAAUAUACAAUGUAACCUACUUUUCACUAAAUAUGUUAUGAGUCCCAUGUAAUACGAGACGUAAAUUAGCCGUUUUUACCGUCUUCUCCUAAAUUUGAAGAAGGCUUCUUAGCUAAGAUAGGUGAUAUUUAACGGCAUUUUGGUUCUUAUCAAGCUAACCGUAAAGCGUUAGUUUAGGUGCUACGUUUUAAGUGUGGGAGACCCAUGCUUCGGCACUACUGAGCCGGCUCGACCGGGGUGAUACUCGAUUGCUUGCGUUGUGUUUCGUCGUGUGAGUGAAGUUACCGGAGGUACAGUUAAUCCCCGAUCUCCACAAUCUCCGAUUCCCCAACAAUCCUCAAAGUCAUAGUCAAAGUCAAAAUCAAAAUCAUUUAUUUCAGUUAGACCGGACCCCAAUU